AUGGAAAGUGUGGAAAUAGACGCAGUAACAAAUGAGCAGGAAGAGGCAGAGGAGGAAAAUGGACAGGGCCUGGAGCGCUUGCAGGCCUCAGUGAACUUGGUGCUGACUUCCUGCCUUGACCCUAGGCCUCACCUCCUUGGAACACUCUGCGUGGGCAACCUCGACUCCUUCUCCUCCAGGGGCGCUGGAGUUCCCGACGGUCGGAAUUGCCGCUCUAGGCUGCAGCACACUUUAGUAUCUGCACUUCCGCCGGCGCCCAUCGUGAAGAGGGGAAGUUCCUGUCGCGUGUGUGUGGUUCUUGUCCGGCUAGUGCCAUCCAUCGAAAUCUACAGGCAUCUUGCAUGCUCUCGGUCUGUCUGCUUCUCUGCCCAGUGCAGGGCGCUCAGGCUGUGCAGCCCUCCUGGAGACCGAUGGAAGCACCUUGGAUCGACAGAUUACACCUUCUGCAGCAGCUGGGGGCCCCUACUCUCUUCAACCCCAUGGUGGGCGUCCCCUGCCCAGGGAGAGGAUGCCUGGGUAAAUGCUGCUGCUCUGGAGCAACGUGAAGCACAGAUGCCUCUCAAUUGCCUUCAGGAAGUGGAGAGGAGAGUCCGUGCCAUGUGGUUUGCUGGCUGGCAGCUUCUGUGUCUGGAAUUCUCUGCUUCCCAGGUGACGGGGCUUGUUGUUUGCAGAAGUAACAGCUUGGCUGCACAACGUCCGGAAGAGGGGUCUCCGUCCUGCCAGGCUGAUGGGCCGUGGCGCUCCUGAGUGAGGAUUGGCCCCUGGCAUCUGGAGCUCCGUCCCACAAGGAUAUUUGCGGUUUCCCCAGUUGCAUUUGGCAGUGUGUGAAGGUGAGAGAGAGGCUGAGUUCAUCAUGUCCACAUUUCCCCUCCUUGGGGCCUUGGAAGUAAGCCUGCUUCUUGCCGAACCCACUUAGGAUCUGUGCCCUCAGUCCCCCUGUCCACACUUUACUUGGUGGGUUGUCAGCAGGAAGGAUCUGGGGGGUCAUCCACUACCCAUAUUUCAGUCACUGCUCUCUGCCUUGGUUUCCUCGUCUGAAAAUGGGGGCUGCCGGUCCCUGUCUCUGACACGAGAGUUCUCUUACCUUCAGCUCCCCUGGCUGGGCAGACUGUGUUUAUAUAAGAAGCGAUGGGAAGGCGGCGGUGGUGGCACACGCCUUUAAUCCCAGCACUCAGGAGUCAGAGGCAGGUGGAUCUCCGUGAGUUC